AUGUCAUAUUCAAUUGCCAGUCCUCUCAUCUUUGUUCCUGAUAUUUUAUUAAUGUCAUCCACUAUGUUCGAAAGCUCUUCAUCCACGCCAGUACAACCAGCUGAAAAAGAUAAACAUGCCGCAAGUUAUGUAAUGGAUGAAGACGAAGACUCGUACGUGAAGAGAGGAAUGAGAAAUCUAAGACUGGGCAAAAGAUUCAGACCAUACAGAACAAGCGACUUGGACGACGAUUACUUGUCCGAUGGAGAGUACAUCAUCGAGGACAAACGUGGAAUGGGAAUGCUGAGACUCGGCAGAUCAGACGAAAAGAGAGCAAUGAACAGACUGAGGCUCGGAUAA